AUGCCGGUGAUCAAUAAUUUUGAGGUGAAUGUGAGAAAUUCAGCUGAAUUGGUGGAGUUUCUGCACAGUGUCAGAUUACCAGAAAAUUAUGUCUUGGUAUCAUUAGACGUGGUGUCCUUAUUUACUAAUGUACCUAAUAUGCCGAAAGACAAUCUGAUUGAGUUAGUGAAAAUGUGUUUCGACACCAGUUAUUUUACUUUUCAGAAUGAUUAUUACAUUCAAUUGGAUGGAUCAGCGAUGGGUAAUCCUGCUAGUCCAUCUUUAGCUAACCUGAUGAUGAAUCAUGUUUUGAGAAAAGUAAGGUUCAAGGCUUUGCAUAUGAAUGAUAAUGGUGUUAAUAAGAUUAAAACUCAGGGGAAUAGGUUCAGGUUUCCUUUCGUGAAGGGCCUCAGUCAUGGUACAUCUUCAAGUUUCCGGUUUACGGACUGGAGACCGGCGUUUUACAAUAUCCGCACUAUUGGGGAUAUAUAUUCAAAGCUGAAAGACAUAACACCGCUGGGCCAGGCUUCUGAGUUGGUAUAUAAAAUCCCGUGUUCUUGUGGAAAAUCAUAUGUGGGCCAAACUCGUCAAUACUUGUCCAAAAGACUGCAUCAGCAUAGAUAUAGUUGUGAGGAGAAGUUUAGGAGCAAAGAAGACCGUACUGCUCUGGCGAAUCAUCAUUUUUUAACAGGUCAUAACUUCGACUUCGACGGAGUGAAGAUUGUGGACAGAGAAGGAAACUGGUUCAAACGUAAUAUCAGUGAGAUGGUUCAUAUAUGUUUGUCGGACACGGUGAAUUGGAGAACAAACACUGACCGACUCAGUAAAGUGUACAUAGGGUUGAUUGAGAAAUAUGAGGGCAACAGAAAUUCGGCGUAG